GUGAGCUAUUUUGAAAGAUGAUACUAGUUUGAUCAGGUUGAAAUUUAUCCUUUUGCUAAAUUGAUUGUACAUUGAUAGUGUUCACUUCAACACAUGGAAUCAUAGUUGCCGAAUAAUUGUCCAAACUAUUCACUUUCAAAGUCAAAUUUGUGACAUCUUUACUUUUCUUCAUUCGCUGAAAAUUGUAUAAAGUUUUGUUCCAUUGCAAGUGCUCAUUACCAUGGCUUCUUACGAUGAUCCAGCAACCCAAACUAUUAUAAAGGAUCUUCAAAUAAAAUUUGAACAGGAAUAUCGCUCCAAUCCAGAUAAUUGUAUCUACAGCGAUUAUCAAAGAGUAAUGACGGAUCUACAUUAUGUUUACCGAUUUUAUCGAGCACGUCAUUGUAACCCAGAUGCAGCACUGGAUAUGAUGAUAUCAACUAUGAAAUGGCGUAAAUGUACAGUGAAACUUGACCAUUAUCGGGAUUACAGUUUUCCCAUUGAAUUUUAUAAGGUAUCAGCAGUGUUUCCUUAUGAACCAGACAAAUCAGGAUAUACAACAAUUUACAUACGAGUAUCUCAACACCGCAAAGUCCCAGAGCUGGAAGAAUACACAAAAGCCUUUUUUGUCCAUGUUUUUGAUAAAGUUGAUCGUAUACAUGGGGCUAAAGGCUAUGCACUAGUUUUUGAUUUGACAUCUGCUUCUUACAGGAAUCUUGAUUGGGACUAUCUAAAGUUUAUGAUUAACUUUGGAGCCAAUUACUGUCCGGCAGGUGUUAAAUACAUUCUCGUUCUUAAUGUACCAUGGGCAUUGAAUACUUUCCGCAAGAUGGUUUUCUCAUUCCUUAACGAUGAUUACUUCAAGCUGAUCAAAUUUGUCAAUGGAAAUCAAAUUUAUGAACACAUCGACCCAGAAAACGUUCCUCAUUAUCUUGGUGGAAAAUGUAAGCGCAACUAUUGUUCAGUUCCGAAACACUCAAUGCCAAUAGAAGAAUUGGUAGAACGUUAUGGUUACACUAAGGACGAUUAUAAGAGGAUUAUUCCAGUAUAUCAAGACGCUCUAGAUCAAGCUGACGAAUUCUUGUCUACUGUUGAUUGGAAUGAACCAGAAGAUUAUUUUGAUACACCAGAAAAGGAUGAACAAGAGCUCCAAGGAACUAACUAUCAAGACAAGAAUAAUGUGCAAGUUGAUUUGAAUGAUAAUGAAGUUGUCAUAGAUCCAGCAACCGCUUUUGCAGUCAAACCAGUUGAUACAAUUGAAUUCCAAUACAGUUUAAUCAAAGGUCGCUACACAGGAUUACUGAGAAUUGAAAACAAUUUGAAUAAAUCAGUUUGUUUCAAGGUUCAAUCAAACCAUCCAAACGAUUACCAAGUUUCUCCUAGAUUUGGUGUUGUCAAGGCAAAUUCAGCUGUUGAUAUUACCAUAAAUUUGUUGAAUCAGGAUUGGAGUCAUUGGUCUAAGAUGAAUAUGAUGAAUAGAUCAAGUAAAUUCAGGAUACUUAUAAACACUUGUACAUUAAAUUUAGAAGAAACCACGACAAUAGACCAAUUUAAUAAACAGUGGUCCACAAAAGACAAAGGGAUUUACUCCAUUAUAAGAGAGACGCGGCUAAUCAAAGAGUUCCCGGUUAAAAUGGGUAGACGUGAUAAAUUUCGCCAACCGGCAACCGAUCUGUUUCAGCAUAAAUUACCUAAAUGGAGUGAUGAUUUAUCGGUUGAAGAUAAGUUACGAUGUUUAAGCAGUUCAGCAAAUUCACUAGAAUCAAAUCAAAGAAAGUUGUCCCUUAUGUUAUACUUGAUGGGCUUUGCUUAUCUAAUGCUCUUCUGUUAUUUCCUUAUUUCAAAUCCUUCAUUCGCCCCAUCUAUUGUUAAUUAAUGUUUUUUUGUUAUGUUUGGCUUUCUUUAAUGUAAUAACAUAAUAAUUGUUACUCGACAAAAUAAAUGUACAUAAAUUUAAUGUGAAAGUAAAAUUUGUUAAUAGUUAA